AAUCCUAGACCAGAUUAUAAAAUCGCAAAAUCCUGGGAAAAGGAACGUACACGCAAACAAGUUCACCUACACCAACCAAUAAGUGGAACUGUAAAUGGGUCAAUUAACACAGUUAACGGAAUGAUGAAUGGGGGGAAAGUUGGAACCAUCAACGAACAAGAAAAUCCUCCACUCAGAAGGACACCGAGAAAAAUAAAUAGAGUAAUUUACGCCGAAAACUCAAAUAAAGUGAAUAAUACCAGCAAGCGAACCUACAAAGAAAUAUCAGAUGAAGAUCCUGAAGUUAAUGAUGAUGAUGAUGAUGAUGAGAUUGACGAUGAGAUCGAUGAAGACGACAACGAAGAUGACUGCGAAGAUGACGACGAAAAUGACUACGAAGAUGACGACGAGAAUGAAGAUGAGGAUGUCGACGAAGAUGACGACGAGAAUAAAGGCGAAGAUGACAACAAAGACAAGAAGGCCAAGGAGAGAAAGAAGUUGGAGAAAAAGUUGAUUGAUGAUUUUAUUUCGAGAUUUAAGGCGAUAAAUGCAGACGACAAAUGGAAACUUCCUUCGGGCAGAUUUGUUGAAGACGUCUUAUAUGAUUGGGCAGUGACCCACCAUACUGAUUGUCAGGAAGUUAUGGAUUUGUUUAGUCCUGAGGAAAAGGAGACAAAUUUAAAUACUAAUAAAAAGUCUUUUCCGGCCAUACAAGAUGAUAUCAAAAAAUAUGUCAUGAAAUAUUACAAGAAGAAUGUCGACGAUCUUCGAGAAACCGUCAUGGAACCAUAUUUGAAAAAUGGGGAGACCUAUAAUUCAAAAUUACAUUAUGAUUUGGAGUGGAUUCACUUAGUGUUCAAUAAAUUUGUUAUUGAAUGGGAGCAAGGUGUGAAUGCGUUAGCAGAGGAUAAUUUAGAAGCAUGGAUUGUAAGUCAUGUAUGGACUUUUAUUGUUGAUAUGGCAUUAAAGGACAUUGAAGAAACAAAAAUUGGAAAAUCAGAUGGUGGUUCGUUUGCAUCAAAAAUGCGCAAAAACAAAAAAAGAAAAAUUGGAAAAUCCAUUAUUCGUGGCAGGAAGAUCGACAUAUUACUAAAACUUCGUAAUAGCUCAAGAGAAAUACUAGCUGGAGAGGUAGCUAGAACAGGAGACAUUCACGAUAAAAAAUAUUUAGGAGAUAGAAUAAAACUAUUAAAGCUUAUGAAAGAUAUGUUUGAUACGAUAAUUGAAUCACUUCCGCCAACUACAAUUGAAAAUUACGAGAGUCUUUGUACAUUUGGAAUACAACUUUUUAAAAAUAAAGGCACUGUUUACAUUAUGGAUCGCCCUGAAGGAAUGAUUUCGCGAUUAACUAAAAAAGCACAAUUAGAAGCCCCUAUAUACAUUGAAGGUAUUCGCGAACUAAUUUUGUCUAUAAUUACAAUGUUGGGAUUGAAGAAUGCAAUUCGAGGGAUCAUCCAAAUAAUUGAAAAAAUAGAAAGCGACGAAUUAGAAGUUCAAGUCUUUCAAAGAAAUAAUACAGGUGUUCGAUUACCACUUGUAGGAACUACACCAACUCCUCGGACCUCGCUU